AGCAUGUAAUAAUAUGGUAUAAAAGGACACUUUGAUCGCAAGUUGUGCAUAGUGUUCGUUCUCAACUCAUAAAGAAUGCCGGACAUAAAUAUAAUUGCAAAGGGAGUCAACAAUGAGAACAAAACUGUUACUAUUCCUGCGGAAGCCACUAUUAAAGAACUUAAGAAACGUGUUCGGGAGGCGUUCCGUUUACCGGAAGAGGAUGAUAUAAGACUUCUUUACACAAGCAAGGAACUUUGCGAACAGGAUCCAGACGGAGAAGAACAGUAUUUAAAAGACUAUGACCUUAGGAAUAAUGCCACUAUUUUGAUAGUAAUUCGAGUGCAUGGUGGUUCUGCCGCGAAGGUGUAUGGAAGCGAUAUGGUGUUGGCAACAGAACCAGACUAUGUUACCAUGGACGAUUCUGCAGGUGGACAGAGAGCAAAAAUGCCAUGUGGUCACGUCGUUAGCCCAGAGUCUCUGACAGACUUCUGUAAAUCCAAACUGGCAGCUGGCGGCUUCGAAUUUCGAUGUGAGUACAAAGGAUCCACGCGGGACACUUUCUGCAACGUGCAAUGGGACUUUCCGACUGUAAAGCGUAUGGCUUUGCUUACUGAUACAGAAAUAACUUUUUUUGAAACGAAGAUUGCUGAUAACUAUCGCAAGGCUUGGGGUAUUAAAGAAUGCCCUAAAUGCAAGUCUUUCUGUCAAAGGCAUCGUAACACUGAUCAGCGCGUUAAAUGUCCAGUAUGCAGCCGCAAGGAUGGCAAAACCUACGAGUUUUGCUGGUUUUGCCUUAACGAAUGGCGUUCAAGUGGAACAAACCAGUGUGGAAAUACACAGUUGGGAUGCACUGGACAAGAUGCAAGGCUCAAUUUAUUAAAGACUUGCGGAACAAAAGAUGUAAUUGGUGUUACGUGUCCUAAGAUUCGAGCGUGUCCAAAGUGCGGUGUUUUCAUAGAACAUAUUGAUAAAUGCAAACAUAUUGCAUGCCCUUGUGGAACAAAAUUUUGCUUCAUUUGUUUAAAAAAAGCAGAUGAUCAAGGUCGUUACCAAUGUGGUGCAGCUUAUUCCAAAUGUGAAGUCUCUCCCUUUCAGACAGAAAUAUCAACUCUUUAAACCUUGUUUUUUUAUCGGAAAUGACAUCUUUUCCUUGUGUUAUUUUCAAUAACAGUUCGUUUAAACACGUCAUUUACUAAUAAACCAAUAUUUAAGUGUACAAUGGUUAAGUGCGUGUUACUGACUAUUUCUGCAUAUAUUGAUACUAAACUGUACCUCAAUAUAUGGUAUGAAUUGUAUAUAUUGUAUGCAUCUCAAAAACUGUUUAAGGUGUUUUAAUAACCAAUAUAUCUGGGAUCACUGCUUUACUACUUUAAAUAAGAUAUUAUACGAUCGCACACACUAUUGAAUUUUAUAUCAAAGAUAUGCAUAUUUGUAACUUUCAAAUUUGUAAAAAUGUUUAAAUUAUUAAAAAAACUUUAUUCAAACAGACAUUUUGAAUCAUAAAAAGCCUUCCCAUGGCAAAAUAUGUUAUUUAACUUUUCCUGCAUAUCUUUUCAUAUUCAAGUUUUAUUUUCUUCAUCGUGUAGAUAUGUUGCAUUUGCAAUGUAGCUUUAAAAGAAUUUAUAUUAUUUAAGUGCUUUAAACAAUGCUAUAUUGAAUUUCCUUUUUAAGUGUUUGAUCCUUACGUUUUUCACUCAACAUUAAUAAAUGUACCGCAUGUA